AUGGCUAAUAUAAUGAGAUGGGCCACAAAGAUGCUUCGAAAGCCUCCCUCCCUUCCCAUUAUAUUUCCCACCGGCAGUCUCGAGACCAUUUCUCCCUCAAAAGUGCUUGAAGAGGAACGAUUUGAGCGAUUCAAACAGGGAAAAUUUUAUCCCGCUGAGAUCGGCGACAUGCUUACUUCCAGAUACCAGGUUAUCGGUACUUAG